CGUAUACAGACACUUUAAGAAGGUUUUAGAAGCAUUAUGUCGCCUUGGAUGCCUCAUAAUUAAACCUCCCAAUAUGGAUGAGAUACCUCCAGAGAUUAUGACAAAUCCUAAAUUCUAUCCAUGGUUUGUGGAUUGUGUUGGUGCUAUUGAUGGAACUCAUAUUAGUGCUUGUGUACCUGCUUCUAAACAAAUUCCAUUUCGAGGAAGAAAAGCUCAAAUCACGCAGAACAUUAUGUGUGCUUGCUCGUUCGAUAUGUUGUUCACAUUUGUAUAUACGGGAUGGGAAGGAACUGCCAAUGAUGCAAGAGUACUCAUGGAUGCCAUAUCGAACGAAGAAAACAAAUUCCCAAUUCCCAGAGAAGGAAAGUAUUAUGUUGUUGACUCCGCUUACACAAACAUGCCUGGGUUUCUGACACCUUAUCGUGGAGAACGGUAUCACUUGCGUGAUUUUAGGGGAAGAAGUCGACAAGCAAAUGGUCCUAUGGAAUUAUUCAAUCAUAGGCACUCCUCUUUACGUAAUGUUAUUGAAUGUUGUUUUGGAGUAUGGAAAAGUAGGUUUCAAAUAUUGAAAUGCAUGCCAAAUUAUCCACUUCGCAGACAAAGACUCAUUCCCGUUGCAUGUUGUACUUUACACAACUUCAUUCGCUUAAAUUCAAGGAAUGACGAACUGUUUCGUCAAUUCAUGGCAUAAGAUCUUCUAGUGGCAGAUGAAGAAAGUUCAAGUACUGGUCAAGAAAGCACAGCAAUUGACAUUGAUGUAAGCGCAGCGAAUAUUGAGCUGAUGAAUAAUGUUAGAGAUGACAUAGCAGGGACAAUGUGGAUUUAUCAUCA